AUGAAGACCGCUAUUAUUUCAUCUGGCGCACUUGCAGCACUAGCAGUUGCAGCUCCAAUGACCGCCAACAACAGCAGUGGCUCCACGGGAAAGAAGACGACACCAUCCGUCUACUAUGUCGACGGACAAAGAACAGACUACGCGAACCCUGGCCCAGCUCAGGUCAAGUCAGCCUGCACGGUAGACGACGAUGUCUACACCUGUGCGCAGAAGACCGCGGCGGCCUGGAAAGUGCCCACCGGCUACGCAUCAAGCUAUGUCACGGUGGACAUUCCAGCAACGAUUCAUUUCAACGACAGCCAGUAUCAACCCUACCAACUCGACCGGUCUGCCGUGAUCAAUCUAGUCUAUCAAACAAGCCUCAGCAACUGCCACCUGUCGGAUCCCCAGAUCAUCGACCACCAGGACCUGUUCGACUGCAAUGACAGCAACGGCUGCAAGCAAACCUUCACCUUCUCGCAGACCACCACCGCCAUGACCUCCGAGGGCUGGCAUCUGGGUGCAUCGCUCACGGCAGGCUUCAACGUCGGAUUUGCGUCGGCCUCUGCCACCAUCACCGGCGAUCAGAUGGCCAACUGGUCCAACUCGACCACCCUCACCACCACCACCUCUCGAGAGUACGACCUGGCCGCCGGCGACGUCUGCGCCCCGACCACCAUCCAGUUUGAGACACAGUGCCAGCAGGUCAUGAAACCUAGCUCUGGUAGCUAUAACAGUGUGCGAGUCACCACGACUGACCCCUCAGGAGCAGACCUGGACAUCCAGCUUCCGCUCUGCACUCCCGGUGGCAACCUUGUCGGUGUGCCGACGGGCUAUCCGUCCAUCACCAGCUUGAUUGUCGAUUCCAACUGGCAGACAAUCUACUCGGAUUUCUGCCAGGCCAUGACCCAGCCCACCGGACUCAACGUUGACGUUGCCAACUUUGACGGCAAGGCGACUUGGGCCAUCCAAGGCUGCAUGGCAUCUUAA